AGGCACAAAUAGGGCCGGGGGCCUUUUGGGGCGCAGCCUUUAGGCUGGAGGAAACCAAUCGCCCCCCCUCCCCCAAAAAAAAGCCACCUCCCCAAAAUCUACCAAGCGCUGCUCAUGUCGGCCACCUUCAACCCCGACGUGGACGCCCUGAAGGAGUUGGUGCUGCACAACCCGGUGGCGGUGCAGCCGCAGGAGCCGCGCCUGCCGGGCGCCGGGCAGCUGCAGCAGUUGGUGGUGCGGUGCGAGGUGGAGGAGGACAAAUUCCUGCUGCUUUACGCCCUGCUGAAGCUGGCGCUGCUGCGGGGCCGGGCGCUGCUCUUCGUCAGCGGCAUCAGCCGCUGCUACCGCCUCAAGCUCUUCCUGGAGCAGUUCGGCAUCCCCGCCUGCGCGCUCAAUGCAGAGCUGCCCGCGCGAUCCAGGUACGGGGGGCACGGGGGUGGGGGCAAGGAUGGGCACGUGAAUGGGGGCGCAGGGAUGGGGGCAGGGGUGGAG